CCGCCAGUAUUCCGGAGAUGUCUGGAGUUGGUACAUCUGUUAUUCAGGUGACAGCCACAGACGCUGAUGAUGCCAACUAUGGAAACAGUGCCAAAGUGGUGUACAGCAUCCUCCAGGGACAGCCAUAUUUCUCAGUGGAUCCAGAAACAGGCAUAAUCAAGACUGCUUUACCGGACAUGAGCAGAGAAAACAGGGAACAAUAUCAAGUGGUCAUCCAGGCCAAAGACAUGGGAGGCCAGAUGGGAGGACUAUCAGGGACCACCACCGUGAACAUCACACUGACUGAUGUCAACGACAAUCCACCUCGCUUCCCCCAGAGCACCUACCAGUUCAGCUCUCCUGAAUCAGCACCUCCUGGGACUCCUCUUGGCAGAAUUAAAGCCAAUGACCCUGAUGUGGGAGAAAAUGCAGAGAUUGAGUAUAGCAUCUCCAGUGGGGAUGGAUCAGACAUGUUUGAUAUCAUCACUGACAAGGACACACAGGAAGGGAUUAUAACUGUCAAAAAGCAUCUGGAUUUUGAAAACAAGGUGUUAUAUACUUUAAGAGUGGAAGCAACCAACACUCAUCCUGAUCCUCGUUUUCUUCAGCUGGGGCCAUUCAAAGACACAGCUUUGGUCAAAAUUUCUGUUGAAGACAUUGAUGAACCUCCAGUGUUCAGCAGACCCUGGUAUUUAAUAGACGUAGAUGAAGAUGCCAGGGAAGGAAGCAUUAUUGGGCAGGUUGUAGCCCAAGAUCCAGACAUGACAAAGAAUGCAAUAAAAUAUUCUGUGGAUCGACACACUGACCUUGACAGAAUAUUCAACAUCUAUUCAGGAAAUGGAUCCUUAUUCAUCUCAAAGCCACUUGACCGAGAAGAAACUCCCUGGCACAACAUCACUGUCAUAGCAACUGAAAUCAGUAAUCCUAAGCAAAGUAGCCAGAUACCUGUCUUCAUACGGAUUUUAGACAUAAAUGAUCAUGCCCCAGAGUUUGCCAACUACUAUGAAACAUUUGUUUGUGAAAAUGCAAAAGCAGGACAGCUGAUACAGACUGUGAGUGCAAUUGACAAAGAUGAGCCUCCUCAAGGACACAAAUUUUUCUUUGAGUUGGCGCCAGAAUUUGCUGUUCAUCCGAACUUCUCCAUUGUAGACAACAAAGGUAACUGCUGGAUAACAAAAUGACUAGAAGGAUACAGUCGUAGUAAGAUGAGCACCUACCUUCUGCCAAUCAUAAUAUUUGACAACGACUACCCGAUCCAGAGCAGCACGGGCACACUGACCAUUCGGGUGUGUGCCUGCGACAGCCACGGGAACAUGCAGUCCUGCAAUGCUGAGGCCUUGCUCCUCCCUGCUGGCCUCAGCACGGGGGCACUGGUUGCCAUUCUCCUCUGCAUCAUUAUCCUGCUGGUAUUAGUUGUCUUGUUUACAGCUCUUAAGAGGCAGAGGAAGAAAGAACCCUUGAUCAUCUCAAAGGAUGAUGUUCGGGACAACAUUGUGACCUACAAUGAUGAAGGAGGUGGGGAAGAAGACACCCAGGCUUUUGACAUUGGCACACUCAGAAAUCCAGAAGCGAGGGAGGAGAGUAAGAUGAGAAGAGAUGUUAUCCCAGAAACGAUAUUUCAGAUAAGGCGGACUGCACCUCUUUGGGAAAACAUUGAUGUCCAAGAUUUUAUUCAUAGAAGAUUAAAGGAAAAUGAUUUAGACCCAACUGCCCCCCCUUAUGAUUCAUUAGCAACAUAUGCCUAUGAAGGAAAUGAUUCCAUAGCAAAUUCACUCAGCAGCCUGGAAUCACUUACCACAGAAGGCAAUCAAGACUAUGAUUACCUCAGUGACUGGGGACCUCGGUUUAAAAAACUAGCAGAUAUGUAUGGUGGAGAGGACAGUGAUCGAGACUGAGAAAAUCAUCUGUGACCUGGUCAGUGUUAGUGGAAUUCAUGUCAAUGUUACUAGAUAAAGUGGCCUACUCUCUCUUACUUGGGAAUAAAAAAAAUACAAAAAAUAGGUGUUGUCUUAGUAAGGGUUUGCUUAAUCAAUAAGUCAACGUGAAUGAAUAUGAAUGAUUUAGAUUUUUAAAAAUCUAUAAAUCACCCUCUCUGCCUAGAAACCUCAAAUGAAAGGUUUUUAUUGAUAAUGAAAAGAUAGUAAAAGGCUUUUUGUGCCUUUAAUAAUGACAUGGAAACUCCAUUUUUUUAAAUUGCUUUGCAUUACCUUUCCUACUAUCUUGGACAGUGUAGACCUGCAUUGUAACAUAAUCUCAAAAAUAUACUUUAAAAAGAUAAAUAUUACUACCAUAUUUAUUGAGUUAAAGAA